AUCCACUGGGUCACAAAGAGUCAAAACAACAGCGACAGUUUUACAGAUGAUAAAAUUUGAGAUCCAGUCCCAUCACAUUUGUAGUUAUCAAGGGCUAAGUCUUUCUCGCUUCAUUCAUAAAGAGUUCAGCACCUGCAAGCCUCAGUCUUCCUUUGUGCAUCAGCCCCAGCCCUCAAACCUAGGGACUGAAGAUACACUCCCAUCUACUGGCUACUUUCUCCUCUCUGGGUUUGUGUGACACUGCUCUCUCCUGGUUUUCCUCCUCCCUCUCUAAUCAUUCCUUCUCAGUCUCCUUCACUGAAUCAUUGUCUUGUCUACUACCUGCUAUGUUCACUGCCUAACCUAGUGCCUGGCAUGCACAUAGUAAGCACUUAAAUGCUGACAAGGUUGGAUUGGAUAUGUAUGCAUUUGUGUGGAAAGGCAUCUCUUCACAAGUGAGCAUUGUGGGGAGUGUUCUCUUCUUUCUCUUCUUUCCUGGAAUUUUGCCAGGCCCUGAUGAUACUCAUUCCAACUCUAAGAAGUUUCAGGGAAGAAGAAGUCAGACAAGAGUUGACCAGCCAGAGGAGUGAGUGGGAGGAAGAGUACAGAGGCUGAGGAGGAUGACCACAAAAGAGAAAAAAGGAACAGGCCUGGAUCCUUUGGGCCCUAUGUCAGUAAAGGAGGAGGAAGAGGAUGAAGACGCUUGGGGUCAGGUCUCAACCCCUAUCCAGAGACUGGAAGUACCCUGGAGAAAAAAAGCAACACUGGGAAAAGCCCAGGUGUCAAGUCUGAUGUCCUCCAACAACUAUUCAUCAACUGGAACCUCUUUGCUACCUGUGAUGACCAAAUCCAAGGACAGAAAUCAUGGGAGUGUGGCCUCCCUGGGUGGUAAAGCCAUACCUGGAAGUGAUGAACUCUCUGAAGAAAAAGGAUUGCACACAGUGGCGUCAGGAAGACUCCAGCCAGAUAUUCCCCUGGGAUCUGAGUUUGUAGAAGCUUGUGAAGGGGAACAUGGGGGAGUCAUGAGAAAGCUGAUAAUCCCUAUAAGAAAGAUAGCAAAGGAAGAGAACCAAGAUUUCCAAAGAAUUAUGGACAAAGAUAAAACAAGCUCCUCAGGAGAGAAAAGCCAGAACUGUGAAAAACUGGGGGGAAGUCUCAAUCUUGGCUCAAAACUUUCUAUACACAAGAGAAUCCAGAAUGCUUAUGCCUGUGAUGAAUGUGGGAAAGCCUUCAGUCAGAGCUCUACCCUUAUUGUUCAUCAAAGGGUCCACACUGGGGAGAAACCUUAUGAAUGUCAGGAGUGUGGGAGAGCCUUCACGAGGAGCUCACACCUUAUUCGACAUCAUAGAAUCCAUACUGGAGAAAAACCCUAUAAAUGUAAUGUGUGUGGGAAAAUGUUCAGUCAGGGCUCAAGCCUUAUUGUCCAUCAAGGAGUCCACACUGGGGAGAAACCCUAUGAAUGUCAGGAAUGUGGGAAAACCUUCAGUCGAAGUUCACGCCUCAUUGUCCAUCAGAGAAUCCACACUGGGGAGAAGCCCUAUGAAUGUAAUGAAUGUGGGAAAGCCUUCAGUUGUAGUUCCUAUCUUAUUGUCCAUCAGAGAAUCCACACUGGGGAGAAGCCCUAUCGAUGUAAUGAAUGCGGGAAAGCCUUUGGUCAGAGCUCACAUCUUAUUUUCCAUCAAACAACUCAUACUCGAAAGAAACAUAAGCUAGCUGCACUGGUUAGAGCACCAUCUUGACAGGGCAAGUCAGCUGUGUUAGUUCAAUAAUUAUUUCUGUGCUCUUCCAUUUGCCUAAUGAUGCUAGGUUCUAUGGGAGUUAAGUUGGACGUUGAACAUCACUUGGAUAUAGAUAAAUGGAGAAGAGAGGGAAGGACAUUCCAGGUAAAGGGAACAGAAAGAGGAAAGGCAGUUAGGAAUGAUUUGGUGGGGGGUGGGGGGUGGAAUAGGAGGCAUAGGUUAUAAGUAUUGGGGUAAAAAUUGACUAGGUAAAUUGGGCCAAAUUAUGGAGGACCUUAAAUUAAGAACUCAAUAAUUUUCCUGGACCUAUCUAUGUAUGAAAUGAGCCAUAUUUAAAUUUGUCAUCAGUGAUCAAAUAUGUUCUGAGCUAUUUUUUCAUGUAUAUGGCCAAAGGGUGGAAGAAAAAAGAGUCUUUAGGACAUACUGCAGCCCAAAUCUUACUAAAGAUGUAGAUCCCCCUCCCCCAUGGAGAAGAUUCUUGCCCUUCUUAGACCUUCAUGAGGGAGAUUGGGAGAUCUCUAAGGAAAUGAUGGUAGACUUUAAAGGGUAAUUUACCACCCCCCCUUUCCUAGAGCAAACAGGUUGGGUGUGGGUAAGGUCAGAAAGUGAAGAAUAAGGGUUUUCUAAUCCACAUUUUAAAAUGGUAUUGACAGGCAGUGUCAUAAGUGGAAAGAGCACUGGUCUUAGAGAAUCUAGUUUCAAAUCUCAGGCUUGGUCAAGCCACUAACCUCUUUGGACCUCAGGUUUCUGCAUCUAUAAAAUGAGGGGUUGAAUAAGAUAUCUCUAAGUUCUCUUCCAGUUCAUUGAGCUCAACCUCUACAUUUUACAUGACGAGACAAAUGGAGCCAAGACAGUUUAAGUGUUUCAACAUAGGUGGUAAAUGGCAGCACCAGGAGUUACUCCAAAUCCAAGAGCGAGCCAAAAUGCAGUAUACACCUUGACUGUCACAAGAGAAAAUAUUUAAGCAACUAAAUUAGGAUUGAGCACAAUGACUAACAGUGGUUCUGGUGAAGAGAAGAUAAAUGCUUCCCUCUGUUAUGGGACCAUGGGAGUGAAAGGUUGAAGAGGCAAACCUGAGAUUGGAUUUUGCUCAAGUGGCUUUCUUUGUUUCUUGAGAUUCCAUGGGGGAGGGGUGGGCUAUAUCAAAAAUGACUGGUGUAAAAAACGAGUCAUCUGUAAAAUUUAAAAAGCAAAUAUAUUCACAGUCAUAUAAGCAAAAAAGUUUUUCUCAUUUGCUGAGGAGUGAGAUAACAUUUUACCCUAGAUUUUCACCCUGACUCUUACAAAAAAAGCCACCUUGUACUUUGGUUUAAUGUACUGGAAAGAGCACUGUAGUCAGAGGACCUAGAUUUGAAAUCUGCUUCUGCUGCUUGCUGCCUAUAACUUUAGGCAAGUGACUUCACUCAGACUGAGAUUCUUUACAUGUAAAAUCAGGGGAUUCCACUGGACAAUUUCUCAUGGUCCCUUCAGCUUUUAACAUGAGACAAUUACAAAAUAGAUCAUUCUGAUUACAUGAAAUUGAAAGGCUUUUCCACACAAAAAAAGAAAAAUGCGUGUUAGCAUGAGGGAGGCAGUUGACUGGGGAAAAAUUUCAGCAAAAAGUUUUGAGUUCUAAGAUAUGUAGACCACUAAGAGGAAUGAGUGAUCAGAAAGCUGUUCCCAAAUAGAAAAAGGGUCAGAGGAUAGGAACUAAUAUUUCCUAAUGCAAUAGUGAGCCAGUAAUGAUCACAUAGAAGGCUUUAGAUGACUAAGAAGAAAAAUGCAAAUCAAAACCUUGAGGUUUCACUUGCCAUCCAGCAAAUUGGUGAAGAUUACUAGAAUGGUCAGUGUUGGAGGGGUCGAGGGAAGAUAGGCAGGCUAGUGCAUUGCUGAUGGAGCUGUCAAUCAGUACAACCAUUCUGGAAAGCAAUUCAGAAUUUUACUUUCUUUGAACUAGAGAUUCCACUGCUAGGCAUAUA